CCUCCCCCUCACACUAAUUAAACACAUUAGCACAAAUAGCUAAAUUUUAGAGUACACUAUUUUUUCCCAGUGUUCCAAACCUCGAUUGAUAUACUGUUGGCUCUUUUGGCAAGUUGGCCUCAAAUCAUGGGCAGUUUGAAGUGCUUUGCUCUUGUUGCUUUACUCAUUUCAGCCUCUGCAAUGGUGUCUGAAAGCCGAGUGGCAAGAAAGAACCUGGGCUUGGACCUUGGUGGCAUUGGAAUUGGUCUUGGUGCAGGGCUAGGCAUUGGACUUGGAGGUGGAAGUGGUGCAGGCUCGGGUGCAGGCUCUGGUUCUGGGUCUAGCUCAGGGUCAGGUUCAGCCUCUGCCUCGGGAUCAGGUUCUGGGUCAGGCUCCUCUGGCGCUGGGUCUGAAGCAGGCUCAUAUGCUGGAUCUUACGCUGGGUCAAGGGCCGGAUCAAGAUCAGGAUCAGGAGGCAAUCAAGAUUCAGGCUCUGGUUCUAGACAUGGUGAAGGUUAUGGCGAGGGUUCUGGGAGAGGAAGUGGUUCCGGUAAAGGUUAUGGUUAUGGUGAAGGUCAUGGUUAUGGCUCAGGAUCUGGGAGCGGAAAUAGAAAAUAAAGUUGCUCUAAUUUGCUUGGAAUGAAAAGAAAAGAAAAACAUAAAAUUGCACCAUCUUAAGCAUGAAUAAAUAAGUAGAUGAUGAUCGUGACGUGCUCUAUGUAUUUCUAUUUACGAAAUCUAUGCUCUAUAUAUGUAGUGUGUGAUGUGUAAAUAAUGAAUAAAGUUUUUCUUAAAAGAAAAACAUAUUACCUAAGGGAAGAUGUCCAAGUUCUCACUGAA